CAGAAAGAACAUUCAAAAUGCAGGCAGGGCGCCGGACAAAGCACAAUGACAGCAAUGACUGCAAAAAUGACAAUUUUUUAAAAAUUUCAAAUUUCCCGCCCGUACGUCCCGACGUCACACAGGGACAGGAACACGGAAGCCGGAUGCCAGCAUCGGCCGGAGGAGAUGGCCAGGGACGCUGCAGGGGACACAUCGCGGGAGCGAAGGACAAGGUAAGUGCUGCAGGGACCCCCCAGAGCAACGCCGCAUGGUAAGCCCGAGUGUAGCUCGGGGUUACCGCUCUGG